CCACCCGAAGUCUCCAACUGCACAGUGCACCACUGUACGCCAUUAAAAAAACAAAAAAGCCUUUUUAGAGAUAUAAGAAACGAUGCUCUCAUCACUCUCACUCUUUUCCAAUGCCAUAUCUCUCAACCUUGUCUCUUCCUUGUCUUCCGGUCGCUCCACUCAGCCUUUCUUUACCAGGGCCCAAAUGUCAUCCGAAUCGCUUCCACCUCUCCCCCAGCACCGCAUUGUUCUAGGCUGUGGAGCGGUGUCAGUUGAUUUCUUGGCCACUGUGGCUUCUUAUCCUAACCCCGAUGACAAAAUCAGAAGCACUAGCUUAAAGGUUCAAGGAGGCGGGAAUGCUGGAAAUGCCUUAACUUGUGCUGCUCGUUUGGGAUUAAAUCCACGAUUAAUUUCUAAGGUUGCAAAUGAUGCUCAAGGAAAAAGUAUAUUGGAGGAGCUUGAAGCUGAUGGAGUCAACACUUCCUUCUUUAUUGUUUCUGAGGAGGGUAAUUCACCAUUUACUUAUGUAAUCGUUGACAACCAAACGAAAACUCGAACCUGUAUUCACACCCCGGGUUAUCCACCCUUGAUACCAGGCGAGCUUUCUAAGUCAAGUUUAUUAUCUGCAUUGGAUGGAGCAAAUAUGGUCUACUUUGAUGGAAGACAGCAUGAGACUGCUUUAGUUGUUGCAAAAGAGGCAACUCGCAAGAAUAUACCAAUAUUAGUCGAAGCAGAAAGGAAAAGGGAAGGUUUAGAUGAUCUUCUGGAUUUUGCUACUUAUGCUAUAUGCUCAGCAAAGUUUCCACAGGCAUGGACAGAGGCUCCAUCUGUUCCCAGUGCGCUUAUUUCCAUGCUUCUGAGACUGCCAAACUUAAAAUUUGUGAUUGUAACAUUGGGUGAAGAUGGAUGCAUAAUGCUACAAAGAAGUGUAAAUGAUGAUUUUGAUGCUGAAGAAAUGGAUGUUCACAGUUUAUUGGAAUCAUUAAAGCAGAGAAAAGAUGACAGCAAGACCAUCCCAACAUGUAUCUCAUCGGUGGUUACCAAAUUGAGUGUGAAUGGGAUAGGGACAGUGACUGGCCGGUUAUUUGUGGGAACAGCAGAGAAAAUUCCACCAUCAGAACUUGUUGACACAACUGGUGCAGGAGAUGCAUUUAUUGGAGCAGUACUUUAUGCUCUCUGUGCAGGCAUGUCACCGGAGAAGAUGUUGCCAUUUGCUGCUCAAGUGGCUGCAUCUGGCUGUAGGGCUUUAGGAGCCCGAACUGGUCUUCCUCUCCGUACAGAUUCACGCUUGGCGACCUUUUUAUAACAAGUUCCUACAAGCCACCUUUGUUAUAGCCCGAGUAAAUGGAAACUGUUCCCCACAGCCAGAGUAUUUUACAUUGCCGGAAGCGAUUUCUGUGAGCUUUACUUUCAUCACACAGUACGUCCUUCUAGAUCAAAGGGUAAUGAAAAACCACAACCUUAUUUGACAACGUUAUACUUUUGGUCCUAAAUUCUUAAUUCACUUUGUACAUCCAUGCAUCUAUACAUCCUCUAGUGAUGUGAAUCUCAAAAACUUUGUAUUCUGCUGCUUUUGAGCUCCAAAAAUUAUACUAGUAAUUGGUCACUUUUUUAAUUGCAAUAUGAAGUUCGAAUCCAUAAAACUUUCAUGUCGUACAAAUCAGAGCAAAGAGACAGGUCCCAAGCUAUAUACCAUGUGAAACUUAAUGAGAUUUAUUACCAAAUGAAAAUAGAAAGAAAACAAACAAUAAAUGUUGGCUUUAAUUAAUAUUUGCAGGGAAGAGAAUGGCAUAGGAUGGAAUGUCGCUGUCAGAUGCGCUUAGGUUAUAAAAGGAACCUGUGGAAUCCAAAUUUAUUGAUUCCAAAACUUCACAAGAAAAUUAAUGGAAUCUGGUUUCCUUUUUUGCAGUUGCAUUUAUGAAUGUUUAGUACUUCCAUAUAAUAUAAAACAAUGAAAGGUGGAUAAAAGCAUCAGCUUAAACAUCAGGGAUGAAA